AUUUCAUGAAUUAAAAUAUCAGUGAAGUUUUAUGAUUCAAGAUUAGAAGUUUUAACCAUAAACUAAAUAAUAAUGUUAUUUAAAUCAAUUAUUUUGGUUGCUUUUAUGUGUUUGGUGCGAUGUGACCCUGGUGAUGAUACCAAGUAUCCAAUUACAUCGUACAAAGUUGAAGAUAUACUCAAAGUUCAGGGAGAGGUCAUCAAAGACACUGUUGGAUGGUUGUUGAAGACUAAAGAAGAGACAUUAGGCUCAGUGAAGAUCUUGAAUUACAUUCACGAUCACAUCAAAAACAUGGACAACAAAAUGAUGAAUUGGGCCAAAGGGUUGAAAGUCAAACAGGGUUUGAAUGUUGCGUACGAUAUCUUCAAUUAUAUCAAUCGCUGGGUCUAUGACUUUGGUUUUCAUAAAGCUAUGGCUGAAAUUCUUAUUAUAUCAAAUAAAACUGAAGCCCCGAUAGCUGUGGCCAAGUUUGCUGUCACUUCACGAGUCAUCGAUUGGCGCACAGAUGUCGACACUAAAAGACGAGAGGUUGAGCCAACUGAAUGUGCCGACGAACAGACCCUUUGGAAUCAAUGGAAGCAUGAAAUCGACGAAACUUUGGAAACUUUGGACGAUUUGAUCCCAAAAUUGAAAUCAUCGAAAAGUAAUUACUGGGCUAAACAACAUCAGAGAAUGCGCGACUUUAUCGGAAACAAUAGUCCCAAAAUUGAUAGUAUGGUUAAGGGUAUAACUGACCCGGCUAAACGCACUAAAACUCUAUGCAUACUCGUUGAACAAAUCCAUUUGUUGAAUACUGUGGCUUCAAGCAGACCACCGGCAAAAUAAAUGUCUGAUAUAUUAUUAAUUUAAUUAAUUGUUUUCAUACAAUAUUAAUUGGACAAUAAAAAUUAUUA